GGCUUCUCGGCGCUGCGUCUCGCUUCUUGCCACUGCCCGCUCGGUGCCAUGGCCGCCGAUCAGCGAGGGAAGGCCGAGACUCUGGCCCUGAGGCGGCGGCUGCUAAGCGAUUCUUGCAGACUCUUUUAUCCUGAGGAUCCUAUUAAGAUUGUCCGGGGCCAAGGACAGUACUUGUAUGAUGAACAGGGUGCCGAAUACCUCGAUUGUGUCAACAAUGUGGCUCAUGUUGGGCACUGCCACCCUCUCGUGGUCCGAGCAGCGCAUGAACAGAACCAGGUGCUCAACACCAACAGCCGGUACCUGCACGAUAACAUCGUGGAUUAUGCCCAGAGGCUCUCAGAGACCCUGCCGGAGAAGCUGUGUGUGUUUUACUUCCUGAAUUCUGGGUCGGAAGCCAAUGACCUGGCCCUGAGGCUGGCUCGCCGGUACACGGGACAUUGGGACGUGGUGGUGUUAGACCAUGCUUACCACGGCCACCUGAGCUCCCUGAUCGACAUCAGUCCCUACAAGUUCCGAGACCUGGAUGGCCAGAAGGAGUGGGUCCAUGUGGCACCUCUCCCAGACACCUACCGGGGCCUUUACCGGGAGGACCACCCCAACCCAGCUGGGGCCUAUGCCAGCGAGGUGGAACGCGUGGUGAACAGCGCACAGGAAAAGGGCAGGAAGAUUGCAGCAUUCUUUGCAGAGUCUCUGCCCAGCGUGGGAGGCCAGAUCAUCCCUCCGGCCGGCUUCUUCCAGGAAGUGGCAGAGCACAUCCACAGGGCCGGAGGGGUCUUUGUCGCAGACGAGAUUCAAGUGGGCUUUGGCCGAGUGGGCAAGCACUUCUGGGCCUUCCAGCUGCAAGGAGAAGACUUUGUCCCCGACAUCGUCACCAUGGGCAAGUCCAUUGGCAAUGGCCAUCCCGUAGCCUGCGUGGCCACAACCCAAGCUGUGGCAAGGGCAUUUGAAGCCACCGGCGUCGAGUACUUCAACACGUUUGGGGGCAGCCCGGUGUCCUGCGCCGUGGGUCUGGCCGUCCUGACUGUCCUGGAGAAGGAGCAGCUGCAGGCCCACGCCGCCUCCGUGGGCAGCUUCCUGAUGGAGCUCCUCGGGCAACAGAAAGCCAAACACCCCAUCAUUGGGGAUGUCAGGGGCAUAGGGCUCUUCAUCGGUGUGGACCUGAUCAAAGACGAGGCAACCAGAACGCCAGCAACCGAAGAAGCCAACUACGUGGUGUCCAGGAUGAAGGAGAACUACAUCUUGCUGAGCACUGACGGCCCCGGGAGGAACGUCCUUAAGUUCAAGCCCCCAAUGUGCUUCAGUGUAGACGAUGCCCGACACGUGGUGGGCAGGAUGGAUGCCGUCCUGACGGACAUGGAAGAAAAGGUGAGAAGUUGCAAGACACUGAGGCUCCAGGCCCGAGACGGCCCUGUGGAACUAUGUCCUUCUCUGGAAGAAAUGAAACCUCCCUCUCAAAUACAUUGAGGUGGUGACCUACAACUUUGAGGAAGAAAACCACUGAGACUCAGGACAAGGCUUCCCUGAGACCUUAUCGAUACCCAGGCAGGCCCCGCCCCCCACUGGCCUGUUGUCAAGAAGGGCCAGGUAUCUGUGUCCCCUUAGGGCCCAAAGAAUCAAACUUUUUGCUCAAAAAUCUGCCCGCUGUAUGUGGUAUGAGAGUCCGGGACCUCCCAGUGCUCCUAAUUAAAUCAGGAGUUUACUUUUUUAAGAGAUACCUGGGCACGUAUACCUCCCUAAUUAGGACUACUGAAAAAAACUAUUUUAUACAAUGUUGUCACUCUACAGGAAUACUUUUCCUCAAAUGAUGCCAUCUGAUGUCUUCUGUUGAAUUAAAAAUGCCAAAUACAUUUAUUUCAAAACCCAGUAACAACUGACUACCUUACAGAUACUUCCUAUCCAGUUCCCA